UUUAUUGCUUGUGGCUUCUUUGUGGUUGGACUAGGGCAAAGCUCAGUGCUAGGAAUUUGAAUCUCCCAAUGCUCUCGAUUUCAACAUCGUUCAUGUAAAUUAGAGUGAGUUCACCGUCCUCUUCGUGAGGCUAAUGAUUAUCUUUUUGGGUUUUGCUGACUCUGGGCGAAAGGUUGUUAUUACACUGCGUCACUAGGUUAUUAAUGUCCCUUCGAUACUCCAACUUAUCCUUAUUUGAGAUUCGGCUCACUGUGGUGGUAUCAUCUCCAAACUUGCGAAUGAGAGCCGAAGCUGCGAUCGCCGUGAUGCUGGGUCUCAGCUCCAUAUUUCCAGGAGUUAAAGGUUUACUGCCAUUGAUCUUUUCUCAAUUCAUGAAGUGCAGGGUGCCAGCCUAGACUAGACGGGCAGAUUGACUUCUCUCCAUGUUACAGUCGUGUAUUCGGUUGAAAGGAAUUGUAUGGAAGCACAUACUAAUAGGAUCAGCACAUCCUUGAAUGGGACAGGCUUGAUCAACUGUCUGUAAAGAGCUAGAAAAAGAGUCUUCAGGAGAAUUGUUUUCUUGGUUUUCCAAACUAUCAAGUAGAUUGUGGUAAAUCUGUGAACUGGUUUGCCCUAACACCGGACACUUCUGCUCAAGUUUGUCUUAGGAAAAAAUCUGCUAAUGAAUUCAAAGCUCAGCUUUCACCAUCAGACUCUGGAGAAGUCUUUGGAUAGGACAAAAAAACUGACUUGAGGGUCAUAACCAAAUCUUAAAGGAUUGAGAAAGAAGAUGGCUGAUAAAAAAUGUCAGAAGGUCCCUAUCCAAGAAAAUCUGGAAGCUAUCAAGGAGCGCAUGAAAGAGAAACGGAGUCAGGCUCAAGCUAAAAUCAACAGAGCAAAGCAAACUUUGAAUUCAAAAGUUAAUUCCAAAGUACUAAAUAAGAACUCUUUAAUUAAAAGUAUCCAGGCAAACAAUCAAAGCCUAGCUUUGUCUCUGGAAGCAGAAAAGCAGAAACUGAGAGUUGCAUCGGAUAUCAUAUUGUCCUUGAAAAGAGAACGGCAAGCAAUGAUAUUCUACAUCCUUAUGCUAAAGAAGCAGGUUGAAAAUUAUAACCUGAAACAAGAUAAGAAUUUGAAGUUAAAUCCUGAUUCUAUAGAUGGGGAUCUAAGUAUCUUAGAAGAAGAUUUACUGCAUGGGUUACCAGAUUGUUCUUCACCCAUUGAACCCUUUAUUCAUGACGUUCCCUUGGAGAACUCCAAAGCUGAUUGCGUCACAUCUGUAGAGAGCAUAAAUGUACCAUCUACUACGGAGAACAUUCAGCAUCUAUCAAUAAAGUUAUCGAGUGGGAGAAGAUCUACGUGUAAUCGAAGUCCAGACUCUGACAGCAAUGCAGUAGCUCCGUUAAAAGAAAUUGCUGUGUUGCCAAAGGGGGUUUCAAUUAGGAGACGAUCGGGAAGAAAAAAACCCUCUUUCUCUGGCUGUAGUGAUGCUUUGGAAUUUAUUCACACUUCCAAAAAUUAUCCAGAGAUAUCUUGGGCAAAUGAAGAACAAAAAAUUGUCAUUGAUUAUCAAGUGAAUGAAAAUGUGUCCGAUUCUCUGAAUUCUAACCUUGGACCUGAUACAGCAGUUGCUGAGUUGGGUCACUUGCAAAUAGGAAACGGUAUGGAUCCUGAGAAAGUCAAAUCUACAUUCAGAAGCAACAAGGAAAUGAUGAAUUCAAAAAGUGUACAAAAGCUACAACCUAACUCCGAAAAGGGAGAGGAGGUUCAACUGGAAAUAGAGCAAAAGGUUAGAGAUGGAAAAAUGAAGGAAGGAUAUAAAAGCAUACCAGCUAAAAAGCACUGGGAGGCUCCCAAACCUCGAACUCGAUCAAAGAACAGAGAUCAAAGCAAAAAUUACAUUUCCAAAGGAAGGAAAAAAUCUCUGGACUACAGUGAUGCCUAUAAUUUUGAUAAUGAAGAAAGUAUUCAUCUUACACCUUUCCGUAGGAAAGAUGAGCCGAUUGCAGUUGCGAAUAUAGACAGUACCAAAAGCAGUGUUGAUACGGAGAGUAAUUCAGAAGAUGAUUUGGUCGAUAGUCCUUACAUCCCCCCUGCUGAUAAAAGACGUAGAAAAUCAAAUUAUAAACAAGAUAAAAAUGAAGGGCCAGUGGUUUUAACUACCAGAUCAAGAUCCAACAGAAUGACAGCAACUCUCCAAAAAAAGCCUUGCAGAGAUCGAGAAAUUACUGAAGAGAUCAUUCGUAAUGAAUUGUCAAAAACACCAGACAACGUUGCAAACAAUGAACUUAGAAGUCCCACAAUGGCUGGAAGGAAUGAGCCAUUGCAUGCUGAGUUGGACAGAGAGCCAGGAAACACUUCCGAAUUUGAAAGUAUGAAGAAUUUUCAAGAUCCUGAAGAAAGCCGCAUUGUUGAACAUUUUGAACCUGUACUGAAGAAGUGCUUGUUAUUGGAACAAAAAGAGAGAAACUUUGGACCUCGGUUCAGUUUGAGCGAUGUCACCAAUUGUUCAUCACUACCUGCUGAAAACAAGGGAAAGGAAAUGCCCUAUCCUGGCUUUUUAGACAAUAUGAACGUGAUUUCUCCAAUAGCUGUUCAUAGGCGGAGAUGUAACAUGACCGUUAAUUACAAGGAACCCAAUCUCCAUUUGAAAUUGCGAAGAGGAGAUAAAUACACUGACACCCAAUUUUUGUAUUCUCCAAUAUUCAAACAGAAAAAGACUGAUGGAUCUCGCCGUAAAUCCAGUAAAAAGCAAUCUCCAUUUAGUAGAUAUAACGAAGCUUUUGUCAGCUGCCGAUAGUUUCCACUGAAUGUGAGCUGUGUAAAAUAUUGAAACAUUUAGACUUCUCAUUUACUGUAUGGAUUAAUUUUGGUUUUUAAUUUCAGACUUGUUUAAAUGGGUAAAUUUCAAUGUAUUUCAGAUGCUCAAAAAAUUCUUAUGUAUAUCUUCACAAUAAAAUUUAACCAUUGAUGUGAUGUUCAAUGCCUUUAUCAAACUGCUUUGACUAUGAAGUUAACACAAGAUCAUGAAUGACCCUCUUGAGAUGUAUUAGUUACAUUUAAAAUUUUCUUGAGCAUCAGUAAUAGUUUUUGAAAUAUUUGAAUAAAUCGUC